AUGCCACUAAAAGAUUCCUCGCCAACUGGCCGCAUCAGUGUCACGGGCGCGCAGUGGGUGACAGCAGACCCCAGCACAAAACGAAGGAGUGGCCCAGGGCAUGGAAACUACAUCCCAGCGAACGGUGCCGGAUUCUCCAACAAGCCUUACACAGAACAGAGCCUCCUCUCAGCUACACCGCGCGUUUAUACGAAGGGGAAGGAACAGUCCCUGGGGAUCCCAACCAGCCGUCUGGACGAGGCCCGUGACCUUUGUGAGCACAGCUCCGACAGGUCCGAGUACCUGGACGCGGAACAGGUGCCCCGCUCCGAAGAGCUUUCAGCCCGCGCAGGUCCUGCGGAAGAGGCCGGACACGGUCCCCGGGACCGCCCCGCAGGAGGCGUGGCCAACGUCUGCACCGCCCCUCCAGGGCCGCGAGACUGGCCCUCCCCCGCGGGGGCGGUGCCUCGAGGCACCCUGGACUCUGCGCGCAGGCCCAGGGCGGCGAAGCGCGCCUGCCCUGGAACCGCCGGUUUCCUGCGCUUCCCGAGAAUGAGUUGGAAGGAUUUUUCACAGAGGGUGGUGGAGUUACAUCGGAACCCAUUGCUGGAUUCUUCAGUGCUCUGGUGUGACGUUGUCCUGGCUGAAGCUGAACCUCUGACCUUGCUCACAGGGAAAUGGGGAAGGUGGAAACAGGAUGCACCUCACAUGGACAAACUGGAGAGGCGUGAAUAAACGUACUCCUUCCAGAGACGUGAGCAGAAAUGAAGAAGCCAAUAAUGGAUACUGAUGAAAGCAGACUAGCAACACCACAUCCAGGCAUGAAGGAACAAAGGGAAGAAAGGACCUUAAUGGAACCCGGGGAACCCGGGGAUAGCCACUCAGCAGGAGCUGUAGCCUAGAAGGUCUGCAGGCCAUACUGGAAUUGUGAAGACAAAGCAAGGAAGGGGUAGAAAAUAAAUGCCUCAUCCUCACUCCUCCCUCUGGAUGGACUCUCCUACUGGUAACUCCCAGUGGUCAAAUCCAACCAGGAGCCCACUAUGAUCAGGGCCAGCCUCCCAGUGCUCAGAGAAGGGCAAGGAAGAGAAGAACAGCAAAUAAAACAACAUAUAGGGUUAGAGAAGGGGAAGAAACAUAUAGGAAUGUCUGUCCAG